AUGGCCCGGAAUAACGCUGUCCGUGCUUCUGCAGCAACGCGCACAGCCUCGUCAGGCUCAUUCCACGCCGGCGCUCCGAUCCCUACACUGGGAAACAUCGAAUCCAGCCGGAGGAUUGCGAUACGCCGUCAGUCCUCCCAUCGGUACCACACCUUUCCGACCCCGCCCCCAAAGACCCCUCGCGAGCAGUCCUCGGCCGAGCACUUCCCACAUCCCGAUGACAGCUCGAACCCAACCGACGACGAUCAUGAGCAGACCCCUCUGCCGGUCAAGCAGCUUGCCCUGCUGGCCUUACUUUCCCUGACUGAGCAGACGGCCCUCAACUCCAUUGGACCCUAUCUGCCUCAGAUGGUCGAGUCUUUUUCCGACAUUCCCGACGCCCAGACGGGUCUUUACGUCGGCAUCCUGGCCUCGGCCUUUGCGUUGGCACAAUUGUCGACAAAUCUGCUAUGGGGUUAUCUUUCUGACGUGGUUGGCCGGAAGCCUACCAUGGUCCUGGGCACCUUCAUGCUCGCGUGCUGCUUCGUCGCCUUCGGCUUCUGCAGGACCUACUGGCAGAUUGUAGCCGUUCACGUCGCAAUGGGUAUGCUCAAUGGCAAUGCGGCGGUAGUGCCCACCGUCCUAGGCGAGGUGACGGAUCGCUCAAACCAGAGCCGGGCCUUUACCUGGCUUCCUGUCAUCUACUCCCUCGGCGGCAUCACCGGUCCCGCCCUGGGUGGUUUGCUGGUGGGCAUACUGGGAACACGGUAUCCGUACCUGGCACCAAACCUUGUCAGCGCCGCAUUGCUGCUCGUCAGCGUGUUUGUCGUGGGCAUCUGGUUCGAGGAGACACUGGAAACCAUCCAGUCGGGCCACGCUGCUUGGAUUCCGGACUGGGCCCGCAAGGCAUGGUCUUGGACCCAGCGGCGCCCGGAGCCAAAAAGAAAUUCUUGGGCCACCCGCUGGCCCCGUCGCGGAUCGCAAAUCGUCGUGAGCACUUCCGACGACGAGGACGACGAAGACGACGUGGCCGAGGACCAAGGGCUGCUCCAGCCGGGAUCGGAGGGCGGCCCCGGGGCGGCGGACGACGAUGCCAAGUCCUCCAGCGAGGUCGCGACAUGGCACCAACUGUUGAACCGCAACACGAUUCUGGUGUUGUUGACGUAUCUGGUCUUCCAGCUGUCCAACAUCUCGUUCAACAGUCUCUACCCCAUCUUCGCCGACGCUAACCCGCCAACCGGCCGUGGCCUGCCCCCCAGCAAGAUCGGUAUGAGCUUGAGUCUUGCUGGCGUGGCCACCAUCGUGUUCCAGGGCUUCCUCUUCCAGCCUUUGAAAACGCGGUUGGGCAACCUGGGUACCUACCGUAUAGCCUUGUUGGGACUGGCCCUCAGCAUGGCCCUGAUGCCGUGGAUCGGCUAUCUGGACGACGAGCCCUCUUUCGGCCUCGGUACAGGCUCCACCUGGCUAUACAUUGAGCUGGGAAUCGUUCUCAUCGUGAAAAACAUCUGCGCCGUGGGCGGUCUGUCCAGUGUGAUGCUUCUGAUCACAAACUGUGCUCCGAAUCAUGCCACCCUGGGCACCUUGAACGGCAUCGCCCAGACUCUUUCAGCAGCAGGCCGCAGUUUCGGACCCUUUGUUUCAGGCGCCCUCUUCACCCUGUCCACGCGCGUGCACCCGAAGGGCGAGGCCCUCGCCUGGGGCAUCUUUGGGGGCAUUGCCCUGCUUGGCUGGCUCGGUUCCCUUGCUAUUCGCAACCGCGGUCUCGAGAGCGACGACUGGGUCGGCGAGGAGGAUGGCACCGACGGUGAGGCCGAACCGUAA